AUGAUUGAUUCGAAAUCUCAAGAGAUCCGCCCCGCCGAUGAUGAAAUAUAUAGCAAAAUGGAAGAUGUUGCAGAUGAGCUUCCUGAUUCGUCGCCCCGGUUUAUCCUGCUCAGCUAUCCGCUCACGCUGUCCUCCGGUCGUCUCACCGUCCCUUAUGUCCUUCUAUACUACCUUCCGGAGAAUUGCAACCCUUCAUCGCGCAUGAUGUAUGCUGGGGCUGUCGAGCUGAUGAGAAACACCGCAGAGGUGAACAGGGUUAUCGAAGUGGAUAGUGAAUCAGAUGUGAUUAAUAUAGAGGCUAAGCUGCAAGGUUCGGAAUAA